AUGCCGUACAGAUUGGUGGUGAUGGGCAGCCGUGAGGUGGGCAAGAGUGCGCUGACCAUCCAACUGGUCAAGAACUGCUUUGUGCCGGACCAUGACCCCACCAUUGAGGACUCCUACGGCACCCAGGUGGUAGUGGAUGGGGAGCCCUGCCAGCUAGACAUCCUAGACACCACAGGCAGCGAGGAAUACCCCCGUCGGCGCCAGGAGUUCAUGCGCUGGGGGGAGGGCUUCCUCUGUGUCUAUGCAGUGAAUGAUGUAAAGUCCUUCGUGGAUGUGAACAUCUUCCGGGACCAGCUGUGGAGGAUCAAGGACACCAACCAUGUGCCCAUGGUGCUGGUGGCCAACAAGAUGGACAAGGCCGACCGCCUGGUGACCCCAGCCCUGGGCCAGGAAGUAGCCAGGAGUUUCAGGGUUCCUUUUGUGGAGACUUCAGCCAAGACGCGGCUGGGUGUGGAGCACGCCUUCCAGGAGCUGGUUCGAGAGAUCCGCAGGUCACGUGGCAAGGAGCUCCCUGAGGUGGAGCAGAACCAGGGCUGUGGGCUCAAGCCCUGUGCCAUCCUGUGA